AUGAUUGCCCUUCUGUAUGCCUUUGCUCUAGUUGAGGCCACGCUAGCCUGGGGGGGUUUGAACCAAUGGCGUGAACUAAGUGCAAAUCCUGAGGCUGGAAGUGGGGGUGCAGACUCUUGCACUUGCGAUGCCUUCUUGCCAAGUUCUACCUUUCCAGUCGCGGAUUUAGUAGUAGUGGAGCAAGCAGCUGUGGAGAUCUCCCACAAGCUGGAUCUGGAGAUGGGCAAGAUUGAGGACUAUGAGAGUAAGAUGGCAGAAUAUGCAGAAAAGAUCAUUGAGCUGACGAGAGAAAUUGAGAUACUGGAAAAGAACCCUGAUGACAGCAAUGAUCCCACUUUGGAGAGCAUUGAGGUGAAGAUUAAACAAGUGGAGGCUCUAAUUCAGGAGCUGCAGCUUUCAUUCAAAAGCUCCACCAUCAUCUUCCAGUCUCUUCAUCAAGAAAUCACAGUUAUGGUGAAGACCCUUGACCAGCUGGAGAACACCCAUGACAAGCAUUUGGUCCUGCAGACCCGCCGAGAGUACAUCAAAAUCCAAAUGGAGCUAGAAGAGUGUGAGAGACGCCACCAAGAGAUAUUUAACCCCAACAUUGGUUCCUGCGAUCAUACAGGUAUCAUCAGGGUCAGCAAGCCUAUUGUGAGUCAACUUAAUGCCCAUCUGAGCACCUCUUCUGUAUAUGGAGGCUGGGGCAAAGAUACAAGGCCAAUUCGUGAUAGGGACUCUAUGUACUGGUUCUCUGGGGACUCCUCUGUGUACAUUGAUGAUAUUAGGUUCUACACAAAUUACAAAAAUCUGGUUUUAAGAAACCCUUUCCUGCAUCACACCAUAUCAAGUGCGUGGCAUGGUCUUGGCAGCAAUUAUAUAGUUCGUGACAACACACUGUAUUAUCAAAACUACAAUCCAUUUGGGCUGGCUAAAUAUAAUUUUACAAGCAUGAGUUAUGAAUCCAGGGUGAUUCCUGCGGCAAGCUCGACCUUUUCUUACGCCAACUACGCUUAUCAGAUCUUUGAUUUUGCUUCCGACGAGAACGGCCUUUGGGUGACGUAUGCCACGGAUGAGUCAGACGGCAAGAUGGUCCUUGCGAAAAUAAACGAAGAGUCUUUUGGGAUUGAGGAAAUGUGGCAGACCAGUGUCUACAAACCAGGCAUUAACAACAUUUUCAUGGUGUGUGGUGUUCUUUAUGCUGUCAGGACAGUUGACAUUCAAAAUGAGGAGAUAUUUUUCACGUUUGACACUAAAACCAAACAAGAGAAGUAUAUUAGUAUAACUUUCGAGCGUUUCCAGGAUAAGUAUUCUAACCUGGACUACAAUCCAACGGAUCAGAAGCUUUACAUGUACAGUAAUGGCUACUAUGUUAACUACCAUCUGUGGUUCAACCACACAGCUAAGGCAACAGUGGAACCCCCUUUGGCUUUAACCAAAAUCUCACAUGUAAAUGACCUAUCAGAAUGA